AUGAGUUCAGCAAGGAGAGCAUGGAUUGUGGCAACUAGUGUUGGAAUUGUAGAGGCCUUGAAGGAUCAAGGUGUCUGCAGGUGGAACUACGCUUUAAGAUCAGCUCAAAAACAAGUUAGAAACCAUGUUGGAUCUUUGUCACAGGCAAAGAAGCUUCCCUCUACAUGUAGUAGACUAAGGGGAAAGCACUCAGAGGAGUCCUUAAGGACUGUUAUGUACUUAAGUUGUUGGGGUCCCAACUAA